AUUUCACGAAAUGUUUCGACAAACCAAAAACUUUUCCAAAACCUUGACAACACGAUGUCACCGGAACAAUUGAGAAAGGAGUGGUCAUGCACGAAUGAUCGUAGUUUGACCUUUGACCCCAGCAAGAUGACAAAGCUAUUAGACCACGAUAAUCAUGAAAUGAGGAAAAAGUUUCGUGAGUUCAUGAGUGACCCGGUAAUGACCCCUAGAUACGACAUUCCUUUGGCCGAGGAACGAGAGGUCGCGCUUCAACGCUUACAGAGGAUUUGUGAUGCAAAGUUUAUCUCCGUUACCGACUUUUGGACGAACCCACUUCGAAUAUUUGCCGCUCACGAAAUAUCGGCGAUCAUCGACCCAGCGAUGGCAACAAAGAUGACGGUUCAGUUUAACUUAUUCGGGGGUUCUGUCGUCAAACUCGGAACUAAACGUCAUCAUGAUCAAUUAAUUAAAGGCAUUGACACUUUGGACGACGUCGGUUGUUUUGGUUUAACGGAGCUUGGGUACGGGAACAACGCUGUGGAGAUGGAAACCACUGCUGUCUAUGAUAAGGAAAGCAAAGAAUUUAUCAUUAACACUCCAACGACGCUCGCUCAAAAAUAUUGGAUCACCAACGGAGCCGUUCAUGCGAAACAUAUCAUCGUGUUCGCUCAGCUUUUAAUCGAUGGAGACAACAAGGGAAUCCAUGGUAUUUUGGUUCGUAUCCGUGACGAUAAUAUGCGAAUCAUGCCCCGAGUGAGGGUUGAGGACAUGGGGCACAAGAUGGGGCUAAACGGGGUCGAUAACGCAAAGUUGUUCUUCGAUAAUGUGAGGGUGCCGAGGGAGAAUUUGCUGAACAGGUACUCAGACGUUGCUGAAGACGGAAGUUUUACGUCGUCCAUAGAUGGUGGUAGAGAUCGUUUUCUAACAGUUGCAGACCAAUUGUUAUCGGGUCGUAUUUGCAUUGCCUCUAUGUCGAUGGGAGCCGCUAAGGCGUGUCUCACCAUCGCGUUACGAUACGCUGCUACGAGGUUGACUGUUGGAAAGGGAGGAAGGUCGGAUACAUCUAUACUCACUUACCAGCUACAACAGCGCGCGUUGCUCCCUCUACUGGCGAGAACAUACGUGAUGAACUUUGCGCUCGACUACGUUAAAGACAUGUGGACGAAACAACAACUUAAUAAAGGCGACUCUAAAGGUCACGCGGAGGUCGUCACCCUUUGUUGCGUCAUUAAGGCCAUUGUUGGUUGGCACGUCGGUGAGGUUGCCACGGUUGCUAGGGAACGAUGUGGGGGGCAGGGAUACUUGAGUUGCAAUAGGUUCGGUUCUUACAUCGGUUCGUCGCACGCUUCAAUGACCGCUGAAGGCGACAACUCUGUGCUUAUGCAGAAAGUUGCGAAGGAACGACUCGCGAAAUUCAAGCCAAGAAUCCCCGAGAAAGUUGCUGAAGAUUUAUCGAACGAUGGAUACUUACACCACCUACUGGACGCAAGGGACAUGAUAAGAUUCUCGGAACUCGCUGUUAAGUUAAUGUCGGCCGGAAAGAAGGGAUUGUUUGAGACGUGGAUGCUCAAGGAAAGUGAUCUCGUUCAGGGUGCAGCGUUCGCUUUCGGGGAACUCCUGGUUUCUGACCAAUCGCAAGCCGUCCUUGAGUCAUGUGACGAUAGCUUGAAACCGAUGAUCCGUGAAAUCCGACGACUUUAUCUGCUCGACGCGGUUCAACGGGAUCUGGGAUGGUUCACCGCACACGAACUUAUAUCACCUCAAACCGCUAAACAGGUAAACGAGGCAGUAGCACAAAGUUGUCGUAUGUUGGCUCCUCAUUCGCUGGAACUUUGUGGUUCGUUCGAACUCACCGAUGAAAUGUUGUCGGCCCCGAUCGCGUUGGAUUGGGUGAAGUACAACGUUGGCGAUAACAGGGGCGAAGUCGAUCAUUCAUGAUGAUGUCAUAAUGUUAAUUCUCAGUUUAUGUUUUCUUUAAUUGAAGUCUUUGUUUGUUAUUGUGACAUCACAAUUGAUAUAUGAUGCAAUAAAUAAGAAACAAACAA